UUUGAUAUUUCAAAUAGAGGGAGGGCUAGGGUUUUUGGAUGGAGCGAUGCAGAGCGGUGUGACCGGAUCGCCUGCGCGAGCUUCGUCUUCCUCCGCGGCGGCAGUGGUGGAGGAUUCUCUGUUCGAGCGAUUUGCCGAGGAGCUGACGCUCAAGGAGGAUCGCAAGGCGGAGACCGAGAGAGCGCUUCUCGAGGAUCUUCUCCAGUCUCUUCGCAAGGAGGAGAAGCUCCUGGACGCGGAUGCUUGGAAAUUUGCCGCGCCACGCUCACAGCCCAAGCACAUUUCGUGAAAACUACGUAAAACUCACCUCCAAAUGAGUAGUGACGACGACGAGGAAGUGUGGAUCCCGCUCAGGGAGCGUGAAGAGUGGAAGGAUGUAGAGCCUAUUCCUCAGGACGAUGGUCCAAAUCCUGUCGUGCCAAUCGCUUACACAAGCCAGUUCCGGGAAGUCAUGGAUUACUUUCGAGCUGUGGUUGCCAGAGACGAGCGCUCGGCACGAGCACUGAAUCUCACUGGAGAAGUCAUUGCCUUGAAUCCUGGGAACUACACGGUUUGGCAUUUUCGGAGGCUAGUUCUUGAAGCUAUCGAAGGAGAUUUGGAUAAAGAAAUGGACUUCAUCGAGAAUAUGGCAGAGGACAAUGCUAAAAACUAUCAAAUCUGGCAUCACCGGCGAUGGCUAGCUGAAAAGCGCGGACCGGCUUGUAUGAACGCUGAGUUGGAAUUCACGGCCAAUAUUCUCAGCGAAGAUGGCAAGAAUUAUCACGCCUGGUCACACAGACAGUGGGUUCUGGAAAAACUUGGAGGUUGGGAGAAAGAGCUCGAGUUUCUCGUCCAGAUGCUUCAGGAAGAUGUGUACAACAACUCUGUGUGGAACCAGCGCUUCUUUGUGAUCACCAACAGUCCUGCGAUAGGUGGCCUCGUUGCUGCCAAAGAUUCCGAGCUCAAGUUUUGCUGCGACGCGAUCAGGUUCGCCCCGGACAAUGAAAGUGCAUGGAGGUACUUGGGGGGCUUGUUUAAGGACGACAAGAGCGCUCUUGUGAGAAGUCCGGAGGUCAUCCGUGUCUGCAUCGAAGAGCUUGCCAAGGACAAGAUCUCUGUCCACGCGCUCAACUUUCUCCUGGAGCUGCUAUGCCGUGGUUAUCGGCCCACAGCUGACGAUUGCAGGCUGCUGGACUUCCCCUCGGAGGGAUUGUCGCCAGAGCAACUUGCGAGACAAGUCUGUGAGCGCCUGGAAGUGGCAGAUUCGAUGCGCCGGAACUACUGGGCCUGGAGGAAGUCUCUGCUCAAGAAGGCAAACAGUUGAAAAGAGCUUUUAGCUUUCUUUUUUCUCUC